AAAAAGAGAAGAAAGGUGGUGGUGGUUGUUGCUGUUGAUUUUUUUUUCUACCUUUCUAGCUCUGUUGCAAUGUAUAAAUACAAGAAAUUACAUGUUAUCACAUAGGUAUGAUUGUUUCUAAAACAUCUCCUGAAUGUACUUUGUCUAUGUCCUGCAUAUGAAUGAGGUACUAGUACUUUACUGCAUACCGUCACUAUUUCUGUGCCAUACUUUAAGUCUGGUGCAAAGGAUUUUACAGGUCUGGUUGGGUGGAAUGGGUCAGUGCAUAGCAAAAGUAACACUGAGUAAUGAGUGUUGGCCGUGCUGGAGUCUUAACUGCUUGUUAAAACUGUUUUGUGUACAGCUUAUGUGUGCAGAAUUCUUCAAUCCUCCCAAGUGAGUACUGUUCAGGGACAGAUACCUUGUUCUAUUAAUUUGUAAAAAUGCCUUUUCCAAGUGAAAAAUCAGUAGAGUUGGCAAUACUCAAGUUUCUGCAUCUGUCACAGCUGGCUGGGUCCGGUGUUGCUUCCACUAUCUCUUAGUGCUGCAUAGUAAGGGACCUAUGUUCGAAUGCAAACAUGAAAAGUAUGGCUCCUUUUUUGUUAUACACCUCACUGUUUACUGUAAAUAGCUCACUUAAAACUGUGAAUCUCGUGCUUAGAACCCCAUGUCUGUGACUACCCAUGUUGUUAAGCUCUUGGGCUCUGAUGGGAUGUUGAAUCAUGAUCUUUUAAAUGCAUCUCUCUUGCUCUGGAGUAUCUACAGCCAUAGCCCUUAGUGUCACUGCUGGUGGUCUCUGCUGGUGUCUUAGGAUGUAUAUGGAACACAGAAAUUUUGGCAUAUGCCCCUCUCAUGUUUCAUUAAGAGUUGUUCAUGUUUUGAGACUGCUUCUGCAUAAGCCUGGAGUUGUCUUUCAUCAGUAAGCUGGGUUAGUACAGUGUCUUUACUGAACUAUUUGUGUGUUGUGACAUCUCUACUCUGUAACUGUGGAGACAGAUUCAAGGCCAAACACAAGGCAGCUUAGGUAACCACUACGUCUCAUACUCUGCAGCAUGACUUCUGUGAAUUCUUGUUUUGGUCAUGUCUUGAUUUAUAGACGGGUUUAAUGAAAUUUCAGAGAGUAUCUUGUGUUAACAAUUCAGUGAUUGGCGUGCUUCUGUUCAUGUGCAAUUAGUCCUGCAUACAUCACCACUGCUUAAUGAAAUGUUUGUAAAAUAAAUCUCAGGGCAGGGUAUAUUGCCUUGGCAUUAAAGAAACUGAGAUCUAAAGAGACAUUGUUCACUGGCGCUGCAGUCCUCUGAGAAAAGACUUUCAACUCUUGUUCUUUGUAUUGCAAAAGAAAGCAGUUUUGCUUUGUGUGGAAGUGUCAUGGAAAUGUGAAGUAUGCAACUUCAUGAGAACUGUAUUGCACUGGGAAGAUCAGCCUUCAUCAUCACUAGGACCAAUGGCUUGGAAUUGCAGGCAAGUAUGCAUAAAUCUGGAUAUAUCUGUACAGUUUUCCAGUUGUUCCUCCAUCUCUGUGCAUCCUAGUGUGUGAGAAGGGAGUACGAGGAAUCAAAAUGCCUAUAUUUUGGAAUAUAUAGGAAUCAACAGAGUUUUCCUGUGUAGUAGUUGAAGAAGUAUCAGUAGAUAUGAGGGAAGUGCAGAAACUCGCCUAGAACUUGAGAGGAGAGCAAGAGGAUAAGCAUUUGUUUUUUAUUGGGAGCAAAAAAUGUGAAUAAGAUUUGAGAGGAACUGUUGGGAGUACACUAGAAGUUACUCUUAAUGAAACAUGGAGCACUUGAGAAGAAAACUUUCGAAGUUAUGUAUCAGGAAGACAAAUUAUGCAUGUCUGAUGGAUUUGCUGGUGGGAUGGAGAAGAGAGAAACGUUGCCCCAUGGAUGAUUAACAGAAGUACUGAAGCAUGAAUAAACUCAGUACACACACAUGAUUGCAUCUUCCUGUGUUUCUCUGAGAGAUACCAACAAAUUCAACCUGAAACAUUGAGCCUACGUCAGCAUGGAGUGAGAAAACAUAUAGUAAAUCCAAAGUUCCCAACUACAAACAAGAGUGUCAAUUUCUUUGAAUUGUUAGUUUGUAGCGCUGUUUGUUGCUGGUGUAGUUUGCGCAAACAUCUCUAGGAUAAGGGCACUGUGUUGCUGUUUUCUUUCAGCAAGACCAAUUCCAAUGCUAUUACUGGUGUAGAUGAUACCUCCCCCUGCAAAACAAAAUGAAAGAACCCUAAACCAAUCUGUAUGAUUCUGUAAGGAGAGGGUUCUUUAAAUAACGAAAUUAUAAUAGCUCCUAUGUGAAAUGAAGGGGAAAAAUAGCAUUGCCUGAAAUUCUUAUUUUCUUGUCCUUUUAUGUGACUUUAGGAAUUUCUCAUGUAAACUGGAUCUUUCUCAUAUAAACUGCAUUGUGGUCAGCUUUCUCAACAGUGUAGAUGAGAAUAAUCUCACUGAGGCAGUAUCUGUGAGUUCAUGAAACUGCUCAUAAAGCUGCUUCUGGUUUUUUGCAUGUUUUUAUCCUCGAUAGUUGCUUGUUCCUGGUAAAGAUGAUAAGCUUGUUGGGUAUGUUCAUCUUCAUCUUACUGCCUACAGCAAUACUGGAAGGUUUUAUAUACUGGACACUUGCUUUGUUUUCCAGACCUGUUGUAAUUUUGGGCUUUAGAAAAUGAAACUUCUCUGUUUCCCCCAGAUUGAGACCUGCUUGUGUAUCCUACAUGGCUUUCAGUUUGGCUAUCUUCAAAAGCUCAUCUGUCAGAAGAGAAGGAAGCUGACAGUGAUGAGAAAGCAGACAAUCAUCAAAUUGUUUAGGCAGUGCUUUCUAGCAGGAUUAGCAAUACUUGUAGCAGAAUUCUGUUCGAUGUUUGUCCUGGGCCUCAGCUUGAGCAUAUGCAUUUUCUGUGACAGGAGUACUUUUUCACCUAGACUUCCUUAUUAAAAAAAAAAAAGCAGAGAGCAUCGUGCACUCUUCCAGGGUCAUGCAGGACCUGAAACAAGUUCAGUUUUCUUGGAGAGAAGUCAGACAUUCAUCUGCAUGUUCCUUUUGAAUCCAUUGGUUCAGGAGAUAUUCCCUCUGGUCAGCUGGGAUGAUGCCAAAUCAUUGCCAGUCUUAAAUGGGUCUUAGCAGUUUUUGCAGCAAACAUCCAUGGCUUAUGUUUAGUGCUGCUUUCCAACUUUCUGAGUCUUUCUCAGUUAGGAGAGACUGCCUGAGUCUCCUUCCAUUGACACCCUGAUUGGUGAGGGGCUUGGAGGAGAGUUUUUCAGCAGUCUGGUGGAUUAUAUAAAAACAAAAAAAGCUCUUUAGCUUCAGUACUUGCUUAUGGCUUUAUUUCAGUGUUGCAUUAUAUGACACAAACCAGUUUGAUGUCUGCUUCAGAAGCUGUGAUUUCUGCUUUUAAUGUUAUGUGCUUGAAUUAUAGCUGGGUUUAUUUACUAGAAAACCAAUCUCCAAAACAAACCAAGACAUAUACCAGCAUGGCUGCUCAAUGUGAUUAAACAUAGGAACUAGCAUACUCUGCUGGACCAAAUGUCCAUCUAAUCCAGCAUCUUGCUUUAUCAGUGCCUAGCAGCAGCAGCUGACUGAACAGUGUAGGAAAUGGGUGCGUUCUGUCAGCCGCUGAAAUAUUAACAGUAGGUUUCUGACAGUUGUUUAGCUGCUGUCUGAGAUGGAAGCUACAUUUGGGCUAUUGCACUGUGAAUAGCAACAUCAAACUAUUUAUAGGUGAAUUUGCUGCCUUUUUGAACUAAUUUAUAAAUAUCUGUGGCUUACAUAGUGUUUCACAGCACCAAGUUCUGUGCAGUUUACCUGCAUUUUCUGUGUGUGAGAUAGAUUGGUGCAAGAAAAAAAAAUAGUUUCAUUUGUUUUAAACAUACUGUCUUGUUGUCAUUCUUCUUGGUACCAUUUCUAUUUCUUCCUUUUUUGAGGUGGAGCAGCCAGAAUUAUGUGCAGUGUGCAUCACAGCAGAAUGUUGCCUGUUUUUGCUCUGUUCUGUUUCUAAUACCUUCUGACACUUUUCUCGGACUUCUUGCUGCUGAGAGUUGAACUGUUUGCUUGUAGUAAUCUUGAAAUCUUUUUUUGUAAGUAGUCAUGCUUAGUUUCACUUCAUCGUUGUGUAUUUAUAGCUAGAUUAUUUUUUCCUCUGAGUAUAUUAUUUUGCACUUCUUGACCUGGGACAACAAAAUGAUAAAUGAAAACCAGUCAUCUGGUAUUAUCAGAUCCCCUGUAACUCUCUGAAGUUUAUUUUAAUUACAGCUAUCUGAAAUGAUGGAAAGCAUCACAAUGUGUGCAACUUUUCUAUUUGCCAGAUAAGUUAAAAGUAUGUUCACAGACUUAACCCUGAUCCUUGUUGUGGUAACUUCCCUGCUCUUUGACUGUUCAGUGUUUUCUUUAUUACUUUUGUGUAGGUCCUCUCAUGACUUUUACUCUGUAAGGUGGUGUGAGGUAUACAAAUGGCUUUGCUUCCUUUUGUUUUUGUUGCAAUAUGGUGUAUGAACAUUUUGGUAUUUGAGAUGUAGGUCUUCCAGCAUCUCUUUUCAUUUGCUUUGAAGUUGGAUGUCCAAAAGCUUCAUUUCAUUAAGAUUGCAAUCUUUUGUAUGAAUACUUGGCAGAGAGUGUUCCUUAGAAAUGUGGGUUUUGUUGUUGGGUUUUUUUUCCUUUGUGUGUGUGGUUUUGUUUUCUGUGUUUUGGGUUUUUGUUUAAAUGGCCAGUGCUUUGUAAUCUCAGUAUCAUGAAUUAUAUCACCUUCAAAGGGUAAUAUAAUUCAUUCCUGCCUCUAUAAUUUCUUCCUACAUCCUGCCUCAUUCCAGCCUCUUUUCUUCAGUUCUUUUCCAGUUUGUGGAAGUCCUUGUCUUGCCUUUUUAACCAAGUCUGUGAUGUUUUUAGUAUGACCAGCUUAUUUUUUAUUUUUUUUUAAUAGAUACCAAUAAUCCUCUGCUCAUCUCAUUUUGUUAUUGUGGUAGAAUUUAAUUUUUUUUUAUUUGAUACUCUGGUUUGAAACUUGAAACUUCUCACUCACCUAGCAUUGAUAUCAAUGAGUUUUAAGACAGUUUGACUGCCAGGCAAAUGGCAGGUGUUAACUUUCAUAGGUUUACUCCUUGUCUAGCUAGAAUAUCUUAAUUUGAUUAUGGGGGAAGUUUGUAUUAACUAGUUGAACUGUUAGGACAGUUCAAGUAUCUGUUAGAACAGAUACUUUUCAGAGAAUAAGUACUGCUUGCAAGUAAUAUUUCUUUUGAACGUAAUGCUUCUAUAUAUGUGAAUUUACCUAUCUUUUGCUGCUCUAAAUAUUGAUUGGGUGUUAAAUAAUUAAACUCCCACAGUAGUGAGUGCUCAUUCCUAUAUCUGGGGGGUAGAAAGAAGGGCUACAACAGACACUUCUGUCCAGAAGACUCCUGGCCUAGAGGACAAGGAGACUAAUGUGUCAUGUAGGAACAUGCAGAUGUGACACCCAGACUGUAACUUGACAGAAGAUAUUGAAAUGAACUAGUUCAGAACUUGGCAACACAUGGUAGUGCUGAUUUACCUGCUGUAGGAAUUGCAUCCUUUACUUCAGUUUUGCUCAGUGUGCAUAGAUUAUACAAAUUUUCAGAUAUCUAGGUGGUUUAGGUUAUUGUUGGGGGAAUCAAUCGUCCUUCAACUUCUUGCUAUUUGUAAUUGCCUUUAGUAAUUUGAAUUACAAUUUUACAUUUUUGCAUUCAGAAGCUCACAGCACUUUGUACUCUUGUGUGGGUGCAUGCUUGUGAUGCUUUGCAAGUUGUGGAAAAACAAUUUUUUUAGUAGGUUAGUAUUAAGCUGUUGUAGAAUUUGAACAGUCUCUAGUGUACUGUGUGACUGCAGCAGAAACUUAAUAACCACAAAAAUUUUAAUUCAUAAAAAUUGCUGUUGCCUUGAAUGCUUGAGUAAGAACUUUGAAGAUUUUUGAAAAGUAAGACUGACAGUUUUUAAUGAAUGAGAAGACUGAAUAUUGUGUUUUGGUUUUGUAGCUCAUGAAGUUAAGCAGCUGAAGCUUGCUUUAGUGUUGGUCUCUAAUUGGACAAAGCAUGGUUUUGUGUGUUAGUGAAUAGAUGCUUCUAAAAACAUACAAAGUCAAGAAAUAAAUACUUGCAUUGUUAUAAAUCAGGUAUUGUUAUUUUGUAUUUGGAAGAUGACUUGACAGAGGCAAGUCACAUGAUCUUCAGAAAUUGGCAACACAUGUUACUGCUGAUCCCAGGGUCCUUUGGUCUGUUCAGUAAACAACCAUUCCUGUCCUCUUCAGAAAAAAUUUAUUUCUUGCCUUUCUGCCCUCUUCCAGGACUGGAGCCUGUAGAGUAUAUGAAAGGAUGAUGUACAAGCCUCUUCUCCCACAGAACUUGUGCCAGAUGUUAUGUGCUUGGUAAUGCAACUUGAGAAAAUAGGAAGGGCGGAAAUAAAUGAAAUUCUUACUGUUUCUCCAAUAGAUGAUUUGAAAAUAUGCCAUUUAGCACAGGUUAAAAUGACAAGAGGGACUAUUACUCACUGGGACUGACUUCUGAGACAUUAAAUACCUCUGAGUUUAGAAUUCUUUAAAAUGCUCACGUUUGGCUUUGGGGACCUAAAUACCUUCUGUCUGGAACAAGCAUAUAUGUUUUUUUAAGCAGAGGGGACUGAAAAGAGUGUGGAGAAUGGUACCAUCCUUCUUUUCCUUCCUUCUAGGGCAGGUGUUUUUUGAAUGACAAGGGACUGAAACAGAAGUUGUAAUUCAGUUGAGGUAUAUUGUGCAGAAUAGAGAGAAGGAAACAGCUGCUAAGAUCAGAAAACAAAUCUGUAAUGGAGGAUAGAAAACAGGUAUUUCCAAGGAGGGAGUAGAGAGCUGAAAGGGAUAACUUACUCAAAACUGGACUGGUGUUAAAGAGGAAACCAGAAACUAAAGGCACUGGAAUCAGCAAAGACACUUCUAGAGAAAGUGGAGAAGGUAGAGAAUGGAGCUGCAGACUCUACAGGAGGCUCUGAAAGUGGAAAUUCAGGUUCACCAGAAAUUGGUUGCCCAAAUGAAGCAAGAUCCACAGAACGCUGAUUUGAAGAAACAACUUCAUGAACUUCAAGCCAAAAUCACAGCUCUGAGUGAGAAACAGAAAAGAGUGGUGGAGCAGCUUCGGAAGAAUUUGAUAGUGAAGCAGGAACAGCCAGACAGUAAAUUUCAAAUACAGCCAUUGGCACAGUCAGAAAACAAACUACAGACACCACAGCCACAACCACUACAACAGCUACAGCAACAUCACCAUCAACAGCAGCAACAGUCCACAGCACCCUCUCCAAACGUGAUAGGAUCACAGAAAACUGUAACUACAGCUUCUAUGAUCACCACUAAGACACUACCUCUCGUCUUGAAAGCAGCAACUGCGACCAUGCCUGCCUCUGUUGUGGGUCAGAGACCUACCAUUGCCAUGGUUACUGCUAUCAACAACAAUCAGAAAGCAGUCCUCAGCACUGAUGCGCAGAGUGCACCAGUCAACCUCCAGACAACAAAUAAGGUCACUGGGCCAGGAGCUGAGGCAGUCCAAAUAGUGACAAAAAACACAGUAACUUUGCAGGUUCAGGCUACGCCUCAGCCCAUAAAAGUGCCGCAGUUCAUCCCUCCUCCCAGACUUACUCCUCGUCCAAAUUUUCUUCCACAGGUUCGACCUAAACCAGUUGCCCAAAAUAACAUUCCUAUUGCCCCUGCACCUCCUCCAAUGCUUGCAGCUCCUCAGCUUAUUCAGAGGCCUGUGAUGUUGACAACGAAGUUCACACCCACCUCUUUACCCAACUCUCAGAACUCCAUCCAUCCAGUUCGUGUAGUUAAUGGGCAGACAGCAACCAUAGCCAAAACCUUCCCUAUGGCACAGCUCACCAGCAUCGUGAUAGCAGCACCGGGGACCAGGCUCGCUGGGCCUCAGACUGUACAGAUCAGCAAACCAAACAUUGAAAAACAGACUAUUAAACCACAUGUGGAAACAGAAGAGAAGCAAACAGAAAGUCGUACAGUUACUCCACCUGCUGCACCGAAGCCAAAACGAGAAGAAAAUCCACAGAAACUUGCCUUCAUGGUGUCUCUGGGACUAGUUACUCAUGAUCACCUGGAAGAAAUCCAAAGUAAGCGACAAGAGAGGAAAAGAAGAACAACAGCAAAUCCAGUGUACAGUGGAGCCGUUUUUGAGCCCGAGCGCAAGAAGAGUACAGUGACGUACCUGAACAGCACAAUGCAUCCUGGGACACGUAAAAGAGGUCGUCCACCUAAAUACAACACGGUGUUGGGGUUCGGGGCUUUGACCCCCACAUCCCCUCUCUCCAGUUAUCCCGACUCCCCUGAAAAUGAAAAGACAGAGAGCACAUUUACUUUUCCCGCAGCUGUUCAGCCUGUGUCCCUGCCUAGUCCCAGCUCCACAGACGGUGAUAUCCAUGAGGAUUUUUGCAGUGUUUGCAGAAAAAGCGGGCAGUUGCUGAUGUGUGACACAUGUUCACGUGUUUAUCACCUGGAUUGCCUGGAUCCGCCUCUGAAAACCAUUCCUAAGGGCAUGUGGAUCUGUCCCAAAUGUCAAGACCAGAUGCUAAAGAAGGAGGAAGCAAUCCCAUGGCCAGGAACUUUAGCAAUUGUUCAUUCAUAUAUUGCAUAUAAAGCAGCAAAAGAAGAGGAAAAACAGAAACUACUUAAAUGGAGUUCAGAUUUAAAACAGGAAAGAGAACAACUAGAGCAGAAGGUCAAACAGCUCAGCAAUUCUAUAACAAAAUGCAUGGAAAUGAAGAAUACCAUCCUUGCAAAACAGAAGGAGAUGCACAGCUCCUUGGAGAAGGUAAAACAGCUGAUCCGCCUCAUCCAAGGCAUCGACCUUUCAAAACCCAUAAACUCUGAGGUCAAUUCAGUAGCCAUCUCCAACGGCAUGGACUCCACUAACAAUACUAAUGCUGCCACCUCCACCUUAGCCCCCUCCCCUUCCCAGAGCUGCAUGGUGAACUGUAACAAGGGCGAUGAGACUAAAUAACACAGCCAAGUUAAGAAGGAGCCAAGGGAGGUGGCGGCGAGGAGAAAGAGCAAAAUAAAGAAACUCUAGAAAAGCAAAACUGGAUUUCUUCUGGAAAGUGCAGAAUUCUUUAGUUCUUUGGUUCCAGAGAGAGCGUGAAGAUGCUUGUGCCAGGCGGCACCGGAGUUUGCCAAUCGAUCCUUCUUAUUCUGUGUGUACAUGCGAAGUUUGGAUCAUGUUACAUGAAUAGUGCCAGCUGGGGGUUCUUUGCCAGCACCAUGCCAAGUGAAAUAAUAUAUUUACUCUCUCUAUAUUUUACACCAGUGUGUGCCUGCAGCAGCCUCCACAGCCACUAUAGGUUUGUUUUAUUUUUGUUUGGGGUGAGGAGCAGGGAUAAGGGAGGAGAGCAGGUUUCAAGUUCCUAUUUGCAGAACAGUUUGUUUAGCUAGGGGAAAACAAAAACAAGUCCAAAGAGCCUAUGGGCUUUUCCUGUUUCUAAACUCUCAGUACUAUUAAACCAAAAAACCAGAAAUAUUAAUUAUCAAAUCCCAGUGCCCAGAAGGGACAAGUCUAUCAAAUAAGCAGUAUUUACUAUUGUUUAGACAGGAGAUGUACAAAAGGAAAGGAGAUGGACUUUUCACUGAGUAACCAGCACAUAGAAUCAUAGGAUAUGCUGAGUCAGGAUCACCGAGUCCAACUCCUGGCCCUACAGGACACCCCAAGAAUCACACCAUGUGCCUGAGAGCCUAUGGGUCCUCACACUCAUCCAGAAAGUCUGUUUUGGGAAUGGGAAAAGAGAGGGCCAGGGACAGCUUGGAGCAUUGGAUGGAGGUGUCCCAAGAGAAAAUGUGCAUCAAUUACUUGAAAAUGAGAUUCCAUCCCUUUUCUGUAUUUAUAAACAACACAGGUAUCCUGAACAAAGUAGCACAUAACCCAGAUGUGUGAACUCAACAGAGAAAUGUCCUUUUCUUUCACUUCCUUUCUCUUCUUUUGGUAACAAGAACUAAAUAAGGAAUAGAAAAGCUGUUUUUCAGGCUGACAGUCUAAUUAAAGAGGUAGAUGGGACCUUGCAUGGUAUAGAUUAGAAGUAAUAGUGUCAGUGAGAUACAGUGAGUCUUUGUGAGUCCUUGUGUCAUCGUUUUGGGCACUGUUUUUUUAUGCAAGGGCAAAAUCUUUGUAUCUGGGGGAAAAAAACAACUUUUUUAAAUUAAAAAGGAAAAUAAAAGAUAUUGAGGUCUUCCUAGUGUUACUUAAAAUAAGAUCAAGGUAAGAAACAUUGUAAAAAAAAUUACAAAAGUGCUAUUUGUUUCCUAAACAAGUGAUUUCUAUUAAAAAGGUGUCAGAACUGGAGAAAAUGCUGUGUACUUAGAAUUUUUUAACACAGACUUUGCUUAUUUAUGAUGACAUUCUGCUGUGUUUGUGUUCUAAAAUCUAAUGGGACAGUUUCCAUAGGUUCUACCAUACAUCUACUGGCUAAAGUCUAAAGAGAAUCAAAUCCUACAGUGCUGGAUCUCAUCCCACUGGAGGAUCUCCCAGGCUUGUCUCUGCUGUUACCAUCUCUCUCCCAUUCUUCCACGUGUUUGUAACCAGAGAAAAGCAAUUGGCAGUGUGCUUGUGUAAGGCUUUAAUAGUUCUGUGAUACAGACUGGAGCUUGAGAAUGAGAGACAGUGAGUUGCACUGAAAUCACCCUCUGUUAUCUCCUCCUGUUCAAGAAGUUCAUCUCUAAUGUAUAAUCUUUUCACUCUGGACAGCAGAGCUUGCCUUGUGCUUCCUGAUUGUGGGGUCUGGCUCAGUUUAGGGUGCUGAUUCUGUGUCCCAGAGCUGUCUGGUUUCACUGCUGCAUUUACAUGUUUGGGCAAAGGCCAUUUCCACUGGAAGUACCAGGAAAACUCCCUUUACUUCCUUACUUCCCAUGGGAGCAGAGUGAGCCACUGCCCACACAAGGUGAGGCAGUGUCCCCAGUGUGGUGGCCUUGAGAGCAUGUGUUGGGUGGUGAGGCAGACCUGCUCAGCUGUUCAUAGUGGAAGAUAGAAAAGCUUUGCGUUUCAAGGAUGCAUUUCUGAGCAAGUGAAUACUUCAGACAUCACAUACCCUGAGAGAGUUUCUUUGCUGCCCCAGCCAAGUGGGCUUCUGUGGGGUUCUUGGGGCUGUUUUAUUCCCUGUCCUUUAGGUUACACUUCUGCCCUUUAAGGACUUCUAUUCCUUCUGUAGGAGUGUGCACUAUUUUCAGCUCUGGGCUCAGAACUGAUAUCCUGAGUUCUCACAUUUGUCUAAGUUGGGAAAGUGACUCUUACAUACACUUCUGAGCUGAACCAGUGAUAACCCUGACUCUGUCUUUGAUGUGUGAGUUCUGUUCUGGAACUAGCAGAGCUGGGAGGAUAAGUUAGAAGUGGCAGGGAGACAGCUGGGCAGAUACUGUCAAAAUGGAUCAUACUAAAAAUGUCCUUCCAUCAGUCCAGUAUCCAAUGGGGUCAUUACCAUUGGGCAGCACUAGGCCAGCAACCCACAGCAUUUAAACAAAGGACUGUCUGUUUCAAGGGUUGAAGAGAAAAAACAAACAACAUGAGCCUUCUAUAGAAUAUGAGCCAUCAGCUAUCAGCCAGAUACUCAAGAGAAGCUGCCUUUUGGAACAUGUUGGUCUUCAGCUGAACACUUGGGUGAUUCUUAACAGCAUCUUCUGAAGCAUUGAGCAUUCCUGCUAAGAGACUGUCUUCAGGGAUAGGUGUGCUGUGUCUUUGUGGUUCUCAUGCUUUUACUUCUGUGUUAACCUGAGCUCCCUUGGAAGCAGUGCACUAUUUGGAGGUAGGAGGCUGUGCCUGGAGACUCAAUAAUCCUUCUGUUUUCUUUGCUGAAUCAGGAGAGGAUGGGAAUGAAAUUCACUAGUAGUCAUAUUUAAAUUUGCACAGAGUUAAUCAGCCAGGAGAUGUUAAAACAGCUAUUACUGCUUUCCUGAGGCAUCUGCUUGUCUCCAGAACCCAAGGAGAUAGGUGCAGAUUUUAUAUCCUUUUUGUCACAGCGUUUGUGUUCCAGACUGUAAAAGGAUGCCUUCAGUUAAUCAUUUCUUGGCAGAAAAAUUAUCUUAGACUUUUUGAUGCUGCUUAGGUAGUUUUCUUUCUCUCUCACUGAUGCUGUUGGGAUGCUUUUCUCCUGGCUCUGCAACAGUAUUAGCCAAUAGGCAACGAGCAUUCCUAGGGCUGCACUGACACUGGCAACGAUGCUGCUCUAUAGACACAGUGAAUUUGGGUUAUCUCUACACAAUUACCAAUAAUAGGGUGGAAGGGGAAUUGGUGUUUGCUAAAUUCAGAGGAAAACGUUUUUUUUCCUAGCUGCUGUAAGAGCUUCCAAUCAAGGGAGAAAUUUAAGCUGUGACAGCUUAACGAUCAGACUUUUCUUUUGGGUUCAUACUGGUUUGGGGUUUUUUCUCAUGUAAUAUUUGAGAUAGAAUGAGUUUGUACUGAAACUUCUGCUCUUUGGGAAGCUGUCACACUGGCUGUGGUUUUGUUUUUCCAAACCACCAUCAAGAUAUUAACUAAUUCUUAUGUCAUUGCUUGUCAUUGGUGGGAAACAAGUGGCUUUUAAAUCUCUGUUAUAAGGGAAGAAUUGAGACCACAAAGGAAUAUCAUAUCAAAGAUGGUCCUGGCUCUCAGCCCAGUGCUAAGGGCUUUAAGAAGUCACCCUGCUCCUUUGCUCAGAAAUGGAGCAAGCCUUGCAGAAGUUUCUUUUUCCCUUCUCCAGCUGUUCUUUAAACUGCAGGAAAGGUGUGUUGUGGUCAGAGUGGGAAAGUGAGCGUGUGACCUGGCUAGAAGAAUUGGUAUCAUCAUUGGUGUUUUCAUUGUCUUUGUUCAGAGCCAGCAGUGGGUUUGGUGCUGUACAAAACAUGGAGGAAGCAAUACUUCUAGGGAUGAUUGGAAGGUAGGGUGAGUAGCAUGGCUGAUUCUUCCAAGACUUCAUUAUCCAGGAGUUACCAUGUUAGUAGGAUGAACUAAUGUUUUGCAUGAGCAAAACAGGGCUUUGUUCUAUGUUGCAAGCAGGUGUCUGUCAGUGGGGUUAUGAAUUAAAAACAUGGAAAUUAAAGAGGUGAUAAUUUUAUGGGUGGAUUUAUUGGUUUUAUUGUUGGCAGAAAAAAAUAAUAUUGCAUUUUAUCUUUGCUAGACUUAAGAAAGCAAAUCUGUAUUCCAAAUGUCUAGAAAUGUGAAACCUAGUUCUGACCUCCUUGGCUUCAAAUCAUCUUCCCUGUACUGUUGCAGAGACAGCCCUGAAAAGCAGCAUGGUCAGCAUUCAGGAGAACCUGGAGUGAAACCUCCCUCUUAGCCCCAUCAAGCUGUGGCAGCCCACAGUACAGAAAAUAAACUCUGAAAUUUCUUCCUCAUGUGGAUACAGCAGAAAACAUUUGUGAUUUUGCAGUGCACGUGUUUCUCUCUUUUCUUUUCCUCAGAUGGGUUGCACCCCAUCCUCUUUGAUUCUGAAGCACUAAUGAUGAAUACAUGCUUUUAAUGAAAUGUGGUUUUAAAAUAACAUAUUAAGAUGUUAGACCAAAAUUCACUUUUUUACUGAGGGCCUCUCUCAGUGAGCUGCUCAGACAGCCACCAAAAUACCAGUAUUACACUUCCUUGGGACACGCCCCUUUGGGCGGGGCUCUUUGUGUCUUUUUAGAAUGGUUUUGACCCUUCUUCACCUCCUGUUGUCCUCCCUUGGAAUUCUGGAGAUCCAAGGCAAGUUAAACUUUGCUGGAUUACUGCAAAGAGUUUUCUGACAAGUAUGUAGGAGUCAGGAGCCUGGAGAAAGAGGAAGAUGUUCUGUUGUGCAGCUGAUUCAUUUGGCACUUAGGCUUGCCUGGCCAACAAACUACCUCAGCAAAGUCUAUUCCCAAGCACUAUGGAUUCUGUAGUUUCUGGCAUUCAGAAGGCAAAAGGUCCAAAGAACCCUCCAGCAGCCAGCUAGGUACUGGUCUCAGAGAACGUGUGAGCAAACCUUGCAGUGACAUACUGCUGGAUCCUUGUUUUCAGUGGUCAGACAUGGACCAGAGAAUGACCCAAAAAUCAGAUGGGAUCAGAAAAAUGGAGAACUCUGCAGAUGUCUUGUCUCCAGGUUAUUGCUCUCUUGCUCAAAUCCUUCUUUAAGCCUCAGUCUAGUUUGUAACUCCUACCGAAUGGAAUGUAAUACCUGAAAAGUACUAUGAAUCUCUCUAUCCUUUACCCUUAGCUCCCAUUUCCCUCCUGUUUCUCUCUUACCUGGGACAAGAACUUUCUGCAUCACUGUGUGUUGUAUGGGCUGAGCACAUAGUUGAUCAACUUGCCAAUAAAGAAAAUUAUUUAUACCAUGCACAGGUAAGCUUGGUAAUUAAAGACCCAUGAAAAGACAAAUGCCUCUCCCAGAGGUUAAUUUAAUUGUAGGCUUGUAUCAGAAAACCAAGAGCUUACCUGUGUGAGUCUGUCUGUAUCCCUGUCAGUAUUACUGAAAUACCUGAGUAGUGAACAGAACAGAGGCUUGCCAAGAGCAUGGUUGGUGUGGAAAUCACUGUGCUGUGCAAGUCCCUGGAGUGUAUCUCAUGUGAACAGCCAGGCCAGGGCUUCCCAUCUCCCUGCGCCAGAGGUGGAUGCUGCAAGGGACAGAUUAAAGGACAGAAGCCUCUUUUGAGAAGUGGUACAGGGCUGGAGAUGGAAAGGAAGAGAGAUAAAGCAGGAGCAGCAAAGGAAACAAAGAUUACGUGGGGUAAAGCAGAACAGAGAGAAAAAAUAUGGAAAAACAUUAGGUGAGAAAGUGAGGGUAGGAAAAAUCCAGGAGUGAAACAGGUCUCCCUUCUGAGUAGAUAGAUAUUCCUGUAGUUACAGGGUUUGAAAGUUCAGUGGAAAGAGUAGAACAAAACCACUCUUAUCCUACCUCAAUUUCUGACAUGGAUUGGUCUGUAUUCCAAAAGGAGCAGGUGUGGGGGGAGAAAAGAGCUGCUCAGGUGCAGCAUCCCUAGCUCUGCUUCUGCUGCUGAGUGAUCCCAUCCUGAUGAGAACCUUAUUUGACUUCUAAGCUACAUGGGGAUAAAGCAGAUCAAGCAGACCUUGAGGCAGCUAGAGCCUACUCUAAUCUGGACUGUAUUAAUGAAACAUUUUCUUGGCUAUAAACAUUCCCAAAACUAGCUAAAGGUUCAGCUCUGCUGGUGUGGUUGCACCUUCCUAGUUCAAGUGUUACAAUGAGCCUAGCUGAAACCAGCAUCAGCUCCCAGAGGUCCUGGGUUCUGUGUGAGUGAAGGAGAUGAUAUGGAGUAGGAUGUGUGAUUCAGGUACUUCUCAGCCACCUCCUGGAGUAUCUGUGGAAAAUCCUUGCUCUCUGGGCUGUCAUAUAUGGCAGUUCUGUGCCAAAAUCCCUCUGUGUGAGCAAUGACUCCCUGUUUUUUCAGGCUCUGGUUUCUUUAGGGACACAUGGAAAGGGGCAUUUCCCCAGUGCAGCUAAACAAGGGACAUGUGUUAAGUUCAGUGUAACCUGUGAGGAGCUGAGGGCCUGCCUCUCAGCUACACUCAGCAGCCAGACCAUGGGGCACCCUCCUGGCAAAGCAGCUGUCCCAGCUCUCCUGCGUAACCAGGGGAAAGCUCUGUGCUUGUUGUUCUCUCUCUAGUAUCCUAGCAGAUGUCAAAGGCUUCAGAUGGAGAAACUCAGCCCAGUCCUUAGUUCCAGCAAGGAAGAAGCACUUAAGGACUUUCUUAUUAUCAGGAGUGCCUGGGGAACUCAAAAGCCUUGAGAGCAUGGUUGUGUCGCAGGUGGAGAGCUGGCACAGAAAGGCAGCAGCAGCAGUGAGCAGUAUCAAUCAGCUCAGCACCACCUUUUGCAUCUUUUUUCUUUUCCCUAAAUUUACACUGGCAAAAAUAAACCUCAACCAAUCCCUGCCCUUUUGUCACCAGCCUUCUUACAUCUGUUCUGUUGGAAAACAAAUGAAGUAUUUUUGCCUUUAUGCUUUGAGAACACUUUUCUCAGUGAGCAAUCAGAACUUAGUGAGCCUUGGGGCUAUAGCUCAGGUGGGAAAGGGAGGCAGUGUCACAGGGCAGCUCCUGGGGCUGUGUUCUGUGACCACCCUUGAUUUUGGAUCCCCAGCACUGAGGUUUGAUACUGCAGCAGCACUGGGUACAUGUUGUGCACGUGUAAGGGCAGGGGGUCCCCUGGCUUGUAAUCCAAGCUUGUUAUCCAAGCUUGUUAUUGGAGUCUCAGGUGGGGCCAGAAUUGCUGGGGUAGGAAAAGAGAUUGCUUUGUGCCUCAUGUUCCCCUAUGUAAGGCAGGUACUGGCAGUUCUGACUCUGGAAGAGCAGAUUUCCAUGGCUGCAGGCACUGGGGUAGGCACUGUUGAAAGAAACCCCGUGCUGGGUGCGGUGGGAGGCUGCACGUUUCUGCUUGUUCUGGGCUAAUGUGUAAUUUCUAAUCAUAGUCGCUUAUGUUUCUUCACUUAAAUUAUCACUGACAUCAAAACAGUGAUUGACUCUGGAGCCAGGCAGUGUCUUACCUGUCCACUCUUCCUUCCAGAAGGUGUGUUGUCUCCGAGUUGCUCCUGAUGUUUUAUGUGACAAGGCAGCCAAGACCCUCCUUAAGGAAGGUUUUUGCUUCUGCAUAAGCCUCUGAGGCUCGGGCAGCUUCCUGGCAGCCCCCCACAAGCAGAGCCAGCAGCAGUCCCACAAGCUGCUUCACUCCAAUUACAGCUGCAGGGUCCCCCCAGGUGCCAUCUUACAUGGUCAGAGGUGUCUUGGCUUUUUCUCACAGCCCCACAGAAGCAAAGCAUGUGUUCCAAACUCCAUAGAGCAAAGAUUAAACAAGGUAACAGCACGUAGCAGUGGAGCCUGCUAGUGCCGACCUGUCCAGGCUCCUGUGGAGGAAGGAAACAACUUUGCUGUGUCAGCAGCAGUGGACACAGGUGGUGGUGAGCUGCUGCCACCUGCAAGGUCUGGUGCAGCACUGGAGUGGCUGCCCAUGCCCAGUUUUCUUCAGGGAGCUGACUGUCUCUUCUCUGCAAACACACCCCAUGUCUGCAGCUGAGGGCAGAAGGGUUGUGAAUAACCGUCUGCUUGUUCAGGAGAAAAUACUCAGGCUUCAAUCAUGGCUUCAUGUUCCUGCAAUCACAGCAGCACCAUCUCUGUAGAUUUAUUGAUGCCACCACCCCACCUGUGUGCCAUGCUUCAUCCCAUUCCCCCGUGCCCACCUGGUGUUUCACCAAGACUGAGCUGUAAAGUGGGAGUCCUGGCAGGGGCCUGGAGCAGGAGCUCACCCUAGGCUCUGUGUCUGAGCCUGGUCCUUCCCCCAGUCUGUCUGAUUUCUCCAGGGGAUUUUGGUGACCAGCCCCCAGUUCUGGCAGUGCUGUCCUUGUAGCCACGGGCCUGGUGCUGCACGGGAUGAUGGCAGCUUCUCUCCCAGCUGGGUUUCUAAUGGCAAAGCCACGGGCUCUGUCCUCCAUGAGCCAGUGGCACCUGUGCUGUCUCAUUCCCCACCACUCUCCCUUCCUUGCAGGCCCUGGUGUAAAAUGCCCUUUCUGACUGGUACUGCUCUGUUGUCACAGAAUCACACCAUGAGAACACCCACUUGUGAACUGGUUUGGGUUUUUUAAAUAUCUCUAUUUUUUUUAGCCUGAUGCUCAUAGUGAUCUGCAGUAUCUGCUGCCUUCAAGUUCCUUGUGGUUUCAGUUUUGGUACAAAUGUGUUUAGAUUUUAGCAAAUUAAAGUUGGGGGGAGGGGGUACAGAGCAUCUGAUCAAUUUGUAUUUAUUUAUUUUAACAUUUUACUAAAUAAAACACAGUAAAAUA